UUAUACAAUUCCAGUUUCUCCUCAGUUUUCAAAACGCACACUCUCUCUCUGUCUGUGAUCCGUUUCACUGUUCCUGCUUGCCAUCUCUUUGAAACUUCGCUACCUCUCUCUCUAUCGCAAACGCAUCGGCUGACACACGGGUCUUUCACCCGUUGAAGAGUGAUCGAUGAGUGGUUUUGUCGCUUCAAUGGCGUUGUAAUAUGUAUUUAUUAGUCAAGAACAUAGAGAAAGAAAUAAGAGGGAAGCUCCACUCUGGAGUACUUAUUAUGUCUUUUCCAACCCUAGAGCUAUUCAUCAUCUAGGGUUUUAAGUUUUUGCUGUUACUGUUUGUGAAGAGAUUGAUAUUAGCGGGGAAGAUGGCGAAUCAGCACGCUGCUCCAGUGACCGCAGCUCAAGUUGGCUCGUAUUUCGUUCAGCAGUAUUAUCAGGUGUUCCAACAGCAACGGGAUUAUGUGCACCAGUUUUACACUGAUUCCAGCUCUAUGAUUCGAGUUGAUGGAGAAAUCAGCGCUUCUGCCUCUGAUAUGGUGAAAAUCCAUCAACUAAUCAUGUCACUAGAUUUUACUGGAAUCGAGAUCAAGACAAUAAAUGCCCUUGAGUCUUGGAGUGGAGGUGUUCUUGUAGUUGUUUCUGGUUCUGUCAAGUCAAUAGAUUUCAGUGGGGGGAGGAAAUUUGUUCAGACCUUUUUCCUUGCUCCCCAAGAGAAAGGCUAUUUUGUUCUGAAUGAUAUGUUUCAUUUUGCUGAUGAGGAGGUACCACAUCAAUCUUCUGUAGCUCAAGAACAGAAUGUUGAUUGUCAGCCUACUAUUUCUAGUCAUCUUCCUGAUCCACCAGUAGCUGACUAUCCAUUGGAGGAGGCUGCUAGGAAUUAUGUGAACUCCUUUCAUAUUGAUGGAGGUGACCCAGUCCAAGAAUAUAGUUAUCAGGAGUCUGAGCCUGAGAAUGAGACAGAUCAGCUGGACCCUGAGCCUGAGAUUGAGCCCGUGCCUGAGGCUGUGGUCGGCAGAUUAACGGAGGAAACUCCUAUUGAAGAAUCAAGCCCCUUUCCUCAAAGUGCAGUGACUACCCCGCAAGGACCUCAGCCUUCCGCACAGGAACCCAUUGCAGAGCCUGGAAAACUGACUUAUGCUUCUAUAUUGCGGGCUAAAGGGAAACCUCCAUCAUCAUUCAUUUCUCCACCAGCUAUCACUCGGACUGCACCACCAGCUGCAGAUAGAAACCACAUUUCACAGCCUUCAAGGCAGCAGUCAGCCCCAACUUCACCAAAUUCUCGUGGGUAUGCCGGGGAAGGAGCUCUGCCAUUAAAGGAAGGGGACUUGAAAUCUGUCUAUGUGAGGAACUUGCCUUCUACAGUGACGAGUCUUGAUGUUCUGCAAGAAUUUAAGAGUUUCGGGAAUAUCAAUUCUGAUGGAGUCUUCUUGAGGAAUCGAGUGGAUACUGGUAUUUGCUUUGCGUUUAUCGAGUUUGAAGAUGUUCUGUCUGCUCAGAGUGCAAUCAAGGCUUCUCCAAUUCAAUUCGCUGGAAGGAGAGUCUACAUUGAGCAGAGAAAACCAAACCCUGUUGCUUCUCGUGGUGGAAGAAGUGGGGGAAGAGGCAGUGGAGGGCGUGGUGGAAGGUCAUCUGGAAGGGGAAGUGACAGAAAUGGCAUCAGAUCCAACAGUCUCCGUGGUACUUGAUGCAAUUAUCAUCACCAAAAAAUUUUGAAUGGCCUGCUUAUGCUACCAUAACUUCAGUUUUUAAAGUAGAAGCAAAUGAUGCUUGUUUUAUUGUUUUUUUCAAAUGGAAACUUCAUAUAGAAGAACAAUUUUGAUUCCAAUUUUUCUUGCUAAAAGUGUAAUGCUUUUUUCUUGUUUGUGCUUUUACCUUCCAAUUUGAGGGGAGCAUAUCUUGGUGUUCGAGAGGGGUUCUUGUGAAAGUAUUUUUACCUAGUAAUUCAAUGGUGAACAUGAUAACACCUUUGGCCUGCAUCUCUGGCUUUAUGAAUACAUGAAAUA